AUGGUCAUGCAUGACUGUCAACCAUUAUUGAUGUUGGCAUACAAGUCUAAUGGAUUGUUAGGAUUUGUCGAUCUGACUGAAGUGCAAUGCAUCUCUUUAGUUAAGCAACUCCUUGAGGGUGUUGGGUUUUUGCAUGAGCACAAUAUUGCUCAUUUGGACAUCAAGUUUAGCAAUCUUGUUAUUGACCAUCAGAGCAACAAGUUGCUUAUUAUUGACUAUGGAUUACCCCAGCAGCUGAAAUCCAAGGAGACUAUGCUUGCAGGAUAUCGAGGAACUGAGGGGUAUGCAGCACCAGAGGUUGACAAUGACAAGCCUUUCAACCCAAUCUGUGCAGAUUUAUGGUCAACUGGGACUGUCAUUCACGAAUUGCUGAACUUAUAUUCUUCUUGGGAGGCACAGAUGAAACUUGAAUAUCUUAAUGCCAUUUCCUGCAAGCUUAUGGACUCAAACCCUGCUGCAAGACCUUUGGCCUCUGAAGCUAUGGCAAUGCUAGAGUAUGCCACCUUCCCCAUGGAGAGUUAUUUUAUGAAGGCCAUAUCUUUUCUUGAAUUUGUAAACCCAGCCGUUUGA